UUUCACCAAGUGAACCGCCGCCAUGUUCUGGGGUUAUGAUUUUGAUGCCUCGAGUGACGAUGGCUAUGGCUAUGGCUAUGGCUACGAUGACGACUGCUAUGGAUCCGACGAUGAUUAUGGCUAUGACUAUGACUCUGAUAGCUGCUACGUUGAUAGAAAGAGUGGCAGAGACUCAACAGAUGAUGGCUCCCGUCGCUUCGAAAACUACGGCCAAGGUCGCGAGCUCCUUGCUGAACUAGCCAGCCAGCGGAAGACCGGGGAAUUCCUUGACGUGGUGGUCCAAGUCGAGGGUAGGGAGUUCCCCUGUCACCGUGCUGUGUUGUCAUCCACACCAUACUUCAAGGCCAUGCUGUCGUCCAACCUCGCAGAGAGUAGUUCAGAGGUCGUACAACUGCACGGGAUUGACUCUAUCAGCUUCUCCAAGAUCCUGGACUUCCUGUAUACCGGGGAAAUCCGCAUCGGCAAAGACGACGUCCAGGACAUUCUGCAAACAGCACACAUGCUACAGUUUGACAAGAUUCUACAGUACUGCCGAGAGUUCAUCCAAGAUAACCUUUGCCCAUCCAACUGUCUGGGCGUCAUGCGCCUGGCCGACGUGUAUGGUCUUUCUGCCCUGAAGAAGAAAGCCAGGGACAUGGCAACGUCACACUUCUCAGACGUCACACAAGAUGAGGAAUUCCUUAGCCUUUCGGCGCAAGAGCUCACAGAUCUACUCAGAGACAAGGAUCUGGAAGUUACAAAUGAAGACGACGUUGUCAAGUGUGUCAUCAGAUGGCUCGACGAAGACCCCGAAAUCCGUCAAAUGGCAAUCCUGAAGAUUUUGACAGAAAUCCGGCUAUCUUGCGUGAGGGUCAGCGUGCUACAGAAGCUGGAGUCACACCCUGUGAUACAAAGGUCAGCAGAAUGUCAGGCAAAGAUCGCAGCAGCCAGGGAGAAACACCUUCAUGGCACACAGGUAGAGGGAGAAGAUACGAGUUGUCUUAGACAGGGAACAUCGGACAACCUGGCAAUCAUUGUCGGCGGUUGGAAGGCGGCUGCAGACAGGAGACGACAUCUUCACAAUGAGCACCCCAUCAUUGCACAGCCGACAUCCCUGCAAAGUGUGAUUUGCUUCGACCCAGACAGUGAGCAAUACUACCACAUCACUACCCUACCAACGCCUGUCUCCGGCUACAUGAGCGUGGCAAGUGCAGAAGGACACCUGUACGUGACAGGUGGGCGGGUGCAUCCUCUGGUGGGCCAGGGUCCUCAUUCUGCCCCAUCCAGGCAAGCUUUCCGCUACGAUUUGCCAUCGGACACUUGGCUGAGGCUGCCGGACAUGCCUCGCGGCAGGGCAGGGCAUCAGUCGGUUGUCGUUAACGGGAAACUCUUCCUGGUUGGCGGUGAUGCAGAGGCGACAGCUUUGGUGACCAUGGAUUGCUAUGAUCCUGAAGAAGGGGCUUGGAUAAAGAUACCUUUGUGCCCGCCUUUGCAAACUUCAUCGCACUUGAUGGUAACAGCCUUUGGAGACAGGGUUGUGUUCAUCGAGGUGCCAGAGAUAGCCGAUGACAAUGACUGCUCCAUUGACGUACACAGGCUCGGUGUUGCCUUGCUGCUCGGGGCUCAAAUGGGCUUUAGGAUCCAGCGACGCACGGAAGAAGGAAAACUGUGUGUCCAUGCGUUUGAUGUAAAAACCGGAGGUUGGAGGUACGCCGAUACCCAGGUAGAUAUCCGAUCUCUGGAGGAUGCUGACAUCAUCACGACUGUUGUCAAUAACAAGCUUCAUAUCCGUACCGCAGGUACACCGUAUGCUGACAUAUAUGUCUUCGAUGCCGAGGAAGAGACCCUAAAUGAGGGUGAUCGAAAAGAUUGGAAAGAGAACUUCCUUCACAUGCAAAGUGAGUACAGUUACCACUACAUGAAUGGACAGGAGGGCAUCGUGGAUACCAUUCGCAACUACGAGUUUGGAGACCACUACAAGUCCCCAAAGACACCCCUUCCCUUUGGUGUAUUUGGCCACAGCUUCCUCCAAACCAAGAAGAGCCGUGUUGGGUGGUACUGCCGGGACCUUGCAGUACUGGAGAAAGAGGACGAGCGAGAGGGAUCAGACGAGUCAUAGAGGGCAAUGAGUGACUGAACUUGAUUCAAAGAGGCAAAAUACAAAAACUUGCUUGAUUAUGCCAGGUUAUGUCCAAAGAAAAAACUAUAAUUUCAAGCCCUAAAACAACACUAUGAUGCCUUUUGGAAUCGGGUCCAAAUGCCAGGAUGAAAACAAUAACAAGCCGUUAUGAACUAUGAACCAAAUUGACCCAUACAAAAGUUAACGUGAGAAGUGAUCAAUUUUUAAAGGCCAGCCCAAACACGAUUGCUUGGAAGAGUCAGGAAAUAUAUUGUUAUUGUAUAUGUAAUGUACCUAAUUUGUAUAAUUUGGGAAUUUUAGAUAGAAAAACAAUCGUAUUACUUUAGUUCUGUUUUGUUGGUAUAAUUAGCAAAGGCAACAGACUUUCCAAGUUGGGGUAUACAAAUGUUAAUCUCAAAGCAGAUAUUUGGGAGGUCAAAUCAGGAUCUGUUUGUAUAAUCAAUGAGAAACACUUAUAAUUUGUCAGUUUUAAAGGUUAACAUCAUUUUGCAAAGGUAUGAGCUUGUGGAAAUCUAUUUACUCCUAUGAUUAAAUGGCAUAGCUUUUUCCAGGAUUAUACCAUUGUU